CCAUGUUGGGGGGACAAUGUUAGGGCCCUAGGGUGGCCGUGUUGGGGGGGCGCUGAGGCAGCGUUGGCGUGAUGGGGCGGCCAUGUUAGGGGGCCCAGGGUGGCCUUGGUGGCCAUGUUGGGGGGACAAUGUUAGGGGCCUGGGGCGGCCAUGUUAGGGGGGCAGUGUGGCAGCCUUGGCGUGAUGGGAGGCCAUGUUGGGGGGACGAUGUUAGGGGCCCCAGGUGGCCAUGUUAGGGGGGCAAUGUGGCAGCGUUGGCGUGAUGCGGCAGUCGUUUUGGGGGGCCCAGGGCGGCCUUGACAGCCAUGUUGGGGGCCCUAGGGCAGCCCUCAGCCAGAGUGGGUGUGGCGAUCCCCACGCGGGGGUUGGUGACUGAGGAGGAGCCACAGGGCGGUGCUGUGGCUGAGGUAGUGGCCCCGCCUGCGCCGUGAGAGGCCGCUGGAAGGAGCGGUUGUGGUGACGAUUAAAGGGAAAAACCGUUAAAACCGUUAAAUUUCAAACCUUCGUAGGCUGAGGCCGCUGCCCGCCCCCUUUAGGAAAUGACCGAUGGGCCGCUGGACCAACGGGCGAGCAGAGGGGCAGCCGGGGCCCAAUCAGAAUCCGCGCGCGCUUCUUCAGCCGUUCCCUCUUUAGAACGUUGUAACUGACAGCGCUUCGCGCCAAUUCCAACGGCCGCCGGGAGCGCGCCGGCCCCGCCCGUCGGGUCCAACCGCGCACGCCAAUGAGCGAGCGGCGGCGUGGUGAGCGACAGCAUCGUCGCCCAAUGGCAGUGGAGGGGCGGGGCUAGUCGCUCCGGGUUUCCUCUCCGGCUCGGUCUAUUCCCCCCCGCCCCCCCUCAGUCCCCGCGGGUUCUUCGCUGCGAAGAAAAUGGCGGCGGCGCCGAGCGGAGACGAGGAGAGAUUGGAAGAAAAAUCUGAGGACCAGAAUCUGCAGGGCCUCAAGGACAAGUCCCCAAAGGCCAAAAAGAUGAAGAAGGAGAAGCAGAGGGAAGCUGAGCCGGCCGAGGCGGGCAAGGCGGAGACGUCUGAAGGAGCGGGGGCCGCCCCGGCCGCCCCCGAGGCCUCGGCCUCUCCCAAGCAGCGGCGCUCCAUCAUCCGGGACCGCGGCCCCAUGUACGACGACCCCACGCUGCCCGAGGGCUGGACGCGGAAGCUGAAGCAGAGGAAGUCGGGCCGCUCGGCGGGAAAGUACGACGUCUACCUGAUCAACCCCCAGGGCAAGGCCUUCCGCUCCAAGGUGGAGCUUAUCGCUUACUUCGAAAAGGUAGGGGACACCUCCCUGGAUCCCAACGAUUUCGACUUCACAGUGACGGGCCGGGGCAGCCCCUCACGGCGAGAGCAGAGACCCUCCAAGAAGGCCAAAGCCCAGAAGGGCCCCGGGACGGGGCGUGGGCGGGGCAGGCCCAAGGGCAGUGGCUCGGCCCGGCCCAAGGCGGCUGCCUCGGAGGGCGUGCAGGUCAAGCGGGUGAUCGAGAAGAGCUCUGGCAAGCUGCUGGUCAAGAUGCCAUUCCAGCCGGGGCCGCCGGCCUGGCGGCGGGCUGGCCACCACUCACACCCGGGCGGGCGGCGGCGCCUGGCCAACGAAGCUCCAGAGUCGCGCACCCCAGAACGGGGACGAAGCCGGGCGCGCGGCCUGUGGCCGCGUGGCCGAGCCAAGAAGAAGGGGUGAAAGACGUCUUUCCAGGUCAGAACGGUGCUACCCAUCAAGAAACGCAAGACCCGCGAGCCGUGGCCCUGGGUGGCCCCGCCCCCCGAGCGCAGCCCCAAGACCCGCCUGGGCGCGGAGCAAGGAGAGCAGCCCGCAAGGGCGAGGGCAACGCUGCCCCGCCCGCCCCCCCAGCCGCAAGAGCAUCAGCCGCCCCCCCCACCGCACCAGCCCCCCGAGCCCUGCCAGCCCCCUGCCAGCCCCAAGACAGCGUGACCCCCCCCCGAGGCUCAGGACUUGAGCAGCAAGGGGCAGCCGGAGAGCGACGGCUGCCCCAAGGAGCCGCCUAAGACUCAGCCGCCCGCUGUGCUCUACAAACCCCGAGGGGAAGGGGAGCGCAAAGACGCUGUGUCCACCUCCUCGUCGGCGCCCCGGCCCAGCAGCAGAGAUGAGGCAGUGGAUACCAGGACGCCUGUCUCGGAGCGCGUCAGCUGACUUUGGGCGGCCCACGGCUAGCGGGAUGGACGGACAGACAGACAGACACACACACACACACACACCCAUGAUGAGAGGCAGCUGCUCCCGGGUAGGGCUCCGGCAAAGCACCUCCCCAGCCCCACGGCGCCCCCUGGCUUCCACCCCUCCUCCACUUCUCCCCCCCUCCCCGUUUUUAAUACCAAGAAGCACAGUGAGGGGUGUGGACCCCCCGGGUUGGAAGCCACUCUGCACUUUUUCUAUAAGAGAGGGGUGCCCUCCCCGAUGCUUUGCUGCAUAUACUACUGACCAGGCCAGCUGUUUGGUGGGGCUGCCCCCCCAGCUCCUGAACACCCCCCACCGGGUGGGAUGAGGAGGGGACCGUGUGUGUGGAUCCCCCUCUCCCUCUCCAGUGCCAUGUAACGUCGUCGUCUGUUCUUCAGUAUCGAUCCGUGUUUGUUUUGGUAGGGCCCACGUAGGGGGACUCAGCCCCUCUCCCCCAGAAUCCGAACAAAGUGGGGGCGCUCACAGCCUGUUCUUCCCGCAGGGUGGGGGGCCGGGCUUGGGGGGCCGAGGAACGACAACGUUCUUCCACUUCUUUCUCAACGUUACUAGCUUAGGAAACCAUUUGCACUAACCAGCCUUUGGCCGGCUGGGGGUAGGGGGUUGGGUGUGAAACUACCUGUAACUCUUGGAUCGGUACCGAGCAGUGGGGAGGGCAAAGUCCUGAGCAUCAGUGGGUUUCUCACGGGGCUGCUUCGGGAGGGGGAAAUCCAGGGCUCUCCAUUAAUACUUGCGCUUCCCCCCAGCCCCAGCUGCCCCCACCCAGCCUCAGGGGCGUGGCUUGUACUGUCAGGCGGGGGGGCAGAUGGGAAGGGAAAACCUAGCUGAAAACCCCCCAAGGAGGGCUGUGCCUUUUUUUUUUAAUGAUGGACACAAAGGGUUUAAAAUAAAUUCCUCCCCUCUCCCCAAGGUGAGUGAAAUGGGGAGGGGCCGAUCCCCUCUGCCCAAAGCCCUGCAGCCAAGAGAGAAAUACACCAGAGGCUGAGCUCUGUGCUGUGCAUAGCAGUGCAGUACAGCUCCACUGGCCCGGAACCCGGCCCUCCCCACUGCAAACCGGAGUGACACUGCAUUGACCGCAGGGGAGCUGAGAUCAGAACCCAGCUCUGUCCCUAUUGCAAACCGUAGUGACUUUGCAUUGGCUGCAGGGGAGCUGAGAUCAGAACCCAGCUCUGUCCCCAUUGCAAACCGGAGUGACUCUAUAUUGACUGCAGGGGAGCUGAGAUCAGAACCCAGCUCUGUCCCCAUUGCAAACUGGAGUGACUCUGCACUGACCAUAGGGGAGCUGAGAUCAGAAUCUGGCCCUGCCCUCAUUGCAAUUGAGGUGAUUCCAGAUUAACUCUGAUGGAAGCUAAAAUAAGAAUUGAGCCCUGCCCCAUUGCAAUCAGGAGUGACUCCGGCUUGACCAUGGUGGGAACUAAGAUCAGAAUCCAUCCCUGCCCCAUUGCAAACGGGGGUAAUUCCGGAUUCACCCUGGGGCAGCUGAUCUCAGAACCCAUUCCAGAGAGUAAUUGAAACUUCCUCCUGUUUCUCCCCUGCUGUCGCUGAGCUGGGUCCAGUUUCCCACCAAGGCUUUUCGGGGGGUGGCCAGACCUGACGUUGGGGAGAGGUGCCUCUAGUUUUCAUUAAAAAAAAAUCUCCCCAAAGCCAGCAGAAAAAGGCCUAAUUCAUUUGUGUCCCCUGCUGCCCUCCAAUCCUGGGGGGUCCCAUGCUAGGGCCGGACAGAGGCUUUGAUGUGCUUGGUGGGUGGAAAGGGGGGUCCCGAGGGUGACCUCUGCCCGGGGGAGGGAUCUAGCGACACUCGCUGCCAGGGCUUGGCAACACUUUUCCCCUCGAAGUUGCGGGCACAGAGAGGGAAGCUUGGCCCCGGGGCAGGGGUUGGGGUGUGUUAAUCAGUCCUGCGCCCAAGGGACAAAUUGGGCAGCUUGGCCCCCUGCCUACUGCUCUCUUCAGCAGCCAGCCUCCAAAAUUCUCAUUCAGAUCCCCAAGCGUGCUGUGGGGGGGCAGCCUGCUGCGCCCUGUUUGUAGCACUUUACCCUCCCCAGCGGCACUCGCUCCCAGGGCUGCUCAGCUGCCUGGGCCGGGAGGCCUCCCCUCGGCACAGAGUGAUUUGGCUGGUGACAGGCAGCGCAGGGGUAGAGUCUGAGGCUUCCCCGUGGCCUCUCCGGCUUUGCCAGCCCCACACUAGGGCUGGGGACAGAAGGGAAGCCCUAAGGUACCUGAUCACUAAAGUGGGGUGCUUUUAUUGCAGGGCAUCCUAAGCCUGGCUGGGAACGGUGCCCCCGUCAUUCCACGCUGAGCAGCUGCCAGCAGAGCCCAGCACUCUGAGCUGCUCUGCAUGGCUUGCCCAGGGCUGGUACGGACACCGGUGUCCCUCCGCCACCACAUCCAGUGCAAGUGGGGCUGGGGUCGGCUGUCUAGACAUCUGGGGCCAAAUCUGGAGUCUGCCUCCUUGGAACCCUGGCUCCAAAUCCGCUUUCCUGACAGCCGGGCCUGCAGCGCAGCCGGCCAGCAGCUUGAGGAGGAGAUCGGUACUUUUGCACUUUAAGGAGGGGGGCCUGGCUAGUCACUGAAUGUCUCUUUAUUUUUGCUUAGGUUUCCCUUCACGUAACUCACUAGACCCUUGUUGUUAUCUGAGCGGCAUCGGCUGGGUGGGGCAAGGGACCUUACACCCACCGUGACAAAACUUCACACCUGCCGGUUGGCACCUGAGCCGCAGUAGGGCCAGAUCAGAAUGUUCCCUGUGGUAGAAACCCCACUCUCUGGCUGUAAAAUUCAGAGCAGCCGGUAGCCUGUAUCCUCCUGGACAUCCCCCUCUUUUCCCAGCCUGUCGUGCAAGAAAAAAAAAAGGAUUGGUGGGUGACGUGGGAUUUCAUGGGACCCCCAGGAGCAGGAAGCCAAAGGGGGCAGUGCUUGGAUGAUAUUUUCACCCCAUUCUUGUUCCUACAUGGUCAGCUCAGCUGUUAUAUCCCCAAACCCUCCCCAGUGAAGACUCAGAGUGAGCUGAACUGGUUAAAACAGGACCCCUCCCUCCCCAUGAUAGCUUUGCAACUCACCUCACCCCCAUGUGAAAUUGGUCCCUGCCAUCAGCUGAUCCCAGCUAGAGUUUAACAGGAGGCCUGACAUUUGGGCUUGGUUUCUGUUUCCCAGGGUGGGGGGGACAAGAUUUCCUUCUGUUUUCUGAUUUAUUUUUAAACGCACCCCCAUAAUGCACCCUGGAGCAUCAGAGUUUUCUAUACCUACCUGUCUAGUGCGUUAUAAAUCAGGGGGGAUUGACUUGCUUCCUUUUCUUUCCUUUUCGUUCCCUUCUUUCUGCUUGUGACUGACAGCAGCGCCUGAGGGGGAUUUAAAAACUCACCCCAAAGCACCUGUCUGGUGGGGGGGCGCAAUCUUCCUCUUGCUUCUUUACUGGAUCCCUGCGACUUACUAGCGUAGGAUAAGGGACAAUAAACAGAUCCUUCCAACCUGCUUGCCAGUAGCUUUCUCUGUGACCAGAGCUGUGAUCUUAGUGGUUCUGGUUCUCUCUCUAAAGGGACCCCCAGCCCAGCUCCGGUGUGGAGGAGCGAAGGGGGCAGCUAAUGCCCUAGGAGGGUGGGGUGGGGUGGGGUUUUUGCACUCCUCUGCUUGUGUCUCUGAUCCUGAAGGGGGUGCCCUUGGACGCACCUGUAGCAAUGAUUAGACCACUCAGAUCCUGGCUGCUGUGGGCUGGGCUGGGAAGUCCUGUAGUGGCGGAAUCGGGACCCCAGGGGGUACAGGAUCAGACCCUCCAUUCUCUCUCCAACCCUGUGUGCAUCUUGGGCGAGCCAACCUGCUCUGCGUGCAACGCUGCUUCCUCUUGGGACACCUGGUCAACCUUAGAACAGCAUGUCUCCAGCUGGCGCCAAGUGGGCAUGACUCUGCCUGCUGGAGGCCUGGCCCUCCACCAUUGCAAUGGAGCACUUUGAGCAGCCGUGUGGCCAACUGGCGUAGACCAGACUGAUUGCUUAGGCAAUGCACACAUACCCGCUGGAUGACGUAACUGGAGCUAGGAAGACCUGGUCUUGGUGUUCCUCAGUGUUUCCCCACUGAUGGGAGCAGUGCCCAUGAUGGCACGCAAUCUGGGGCUGUGCUUAAAGACCAUUCUGGCUCCUGCCCUUUCAUUUAAGUUAGCAAUAGCCGCUCGGGAAGUAGCAGUUUUGAAUUGCUGUUCUUCCAAAAGACGAGUAGCCCGAGCGUUCAACUUCCAAGGGGAGGGGGUGGGAAGAUCCUGAAGUGUCCAGAUGCUUCCACCACGGUUGUCUUCCUGCCCUCUUCCGGAUCCAACCCCCUGCCCACCCUUUACUCACUUCCUGCUCCCCAACCCUUGGGCUGGGAUUUCACCCUGGAUGGGAUUAGAGGAGAUGCCGUGGGAUUCCUCCACCACCCACACACUAUCUGUUGAGUGCAAAAAAUUAAAUCUGUUGGUAGGCUUCUCGCCCUCCCUAGGGUCAGAGGCCACCUCCUUUUUCCUCCGCUUCCGUCAGACAACAUCUUUCCGCUUUCAAGACUCAGUAGUGAUUGUCAUAUGACCAAAUAUUACCAGGACUGUUAAUCAGUAUAUGCUGAGUGCUUGCCCUUUGUAUACAGAUGUAAACUCCCCCGUGUAUAUCCGACUCUUUCUAGCAAGAGGCUCUUUUGUUACGUUUUUUGCCUUUUUGGUUUUAAACAAGUUGUUCUUUUAUCUUGUUGAAAAUUCCAGAGAGAGAGAGAGACACACACACACACACAGAAUUGGGAUUUUGGUUCAAUUUUAGUUUUCCCUGCCUCUGCUAGUCGUUUCUUGAGGGGGGAGGGGGGACAAAAAUGUGGUGUUUCGAGAUUUUAUAUUUGUGUGUUAUUUCUUUUAGUCUUGCCCAGUCGAGUUUAAAAAAAAAAUAAUGAGACAGAGGAACGUC